AUGCCCCGCCUCUGGCUUAAACCUGGCACCCUGCUAAAACAAACGAAAGCCAGCAGCACCAAGCUCAGCCCAGCUCAACUCAGCUCCCACUCAAUGCAAUUAAGGCGGACUUCAGGCGACUCUCCUACCUACGUGUUCAUCUAGCAAGGAUCGACGUUGAGACAACAGGAACCAGAGAGAAAGAGGGGCUUUGGUCCAACAAAAAAAAACAGGAGAGAUUGCCUAGCCUUCUAAUUUCUCCCCUCUCCAACAGCCCAAGAACAAUGUCGAUGAGCCCUAGGCAUACGACUCCUUUUUCUGUUUCCGAUAUCUUGAGUCCUCUUGAGGAGAGCUACAAGAAAGUAAGUAUGGAGAAUAACAACUUGGGGUCACCUCUCGCGUCGUACCGGCAGCCGCAGGUGUCUCAGGCGAUGAUGCAGCAGCACCACAUGGGCCAUAACGGGACGGUGUCCGCGGCAUACCAUAUGACUGCGACGGGAGUGUCCCAGCUGUCACACACCGCAAUGGGGGGCUACUGUAACGGCAACCUGGGGAACAUGAGCGACCUGACGCCCUACCAGGACGGCAUGAGAGGCAGCGCCACGGCCGCUGGCUGGUACGGAGCCAACACAGACCCGCGAUUCUCCACGAUCUCGCGCUUCAUGGGCUCUUCUUCGGGCAUGAACAUGGGCAGUAUGGGCAGCCUUGGCUCGCUAGUAGACGUGGGGAAAGGCAUGGGCCCGCUCUCGAGCACCCCGAGAAGGAAGAGGCGCGUGCUGUUCUCUCAGGCUCAGGUCUACGAGCUCGAGCGGCGAUUCAAACAACAGAAGUACCUAUCGGCGCCUGAGAGAGAACACCUGGCGAGCAUGAUCCACCUCACCCCGACCCAGGUCAAAAUCUGGUUUCAGAACCACCGAUAUAAAAUGAAGAGGCAAGCGAAGGACAAAGUGUCGCAGCAGCAGAUGCAACAGGACAGUAGUUCCUGUCAGCAGCAUUCCCCUCGGCGGGUGGCUGUGCCUGUGUUAGUGAAAGAUGGCAAGCCAUGCCAAGGCAGUGCCCACACUCCCACCACUACUGUCCAGGCCCACCACCAACAAGGUGCCAAUGUUAUGAUCAUGUCCAGUAACGGUUCAGGCCUAGGUCAGCACCAGAGCCAACAGGUGGGUAGUGCAGAUCACUCUCCAGACCUAGCACAACACUCCGCCAGCCCACCGUCUCUCCAGACCCAGGUAGCCGGCCUCUCUCACCUGAACUCCUCCAGCGCCGAGUACGGGACGGCCCUGCAGUGCUCUGCUCUGUUAUAUGGCAGGACAUGGUGAUCUGUUAUGCUGCAGGACAUGGUGAUCUGUUAUGCUGCAGGACAUGGUGAUCUGUUAUGCCGCAGGACAUGGUGAUCUGUUAUGCCGCAGGACAUGGUGAUCUGUUAUGCCGCAGGACAUUGUGAUCUGUUAUGCCGCAGGACAUGAUGAUCUGUUAUACGGCAGGACAUGAUGAUCUGUUAUACGGCAGGACAUGGUGACAGCCAGACAAACUAUGAUCACAAACACACAUACAACACUGCUCUCAAAGCUUUUUCAGCAAAGUCACUCAACAGACACGCAAAACAACAAACAAAUUGUACUUUGUGUACAUUUUGAACAACACCAUUUGGUGAAUUUUAGUUCAUGCUCUUCUAAAAUGUAAUUGGAUAUGAGGACAGUAAGUGGAGACGAAAGAAACUCGACAGAUGAAGUUAUGAGGAUAUGCGAGUUCAAUCUUCGCUUUGAAGGCGGAUUUCUUAUUUCUGUAAAUGAUACUGAAACUAUACAGGGCUAGUCCUACAUCAAGAGGUCAUAGGCCCUACUCCUGUGUGUUGGUCAUUGGGCUAAAGAUCUCAAUAGAAAAACUGUGGGUGCUUUUCAAUUUUUUUCACAGAAGGCUCUGGUUUAUAAUAGAAUUUAAUGUAAAACGUAGCUUGUAUAUUUCUGUAAAAGGUUUGAAUUGAAUAUAUAGUUUUUAGCAAUCUGUUGUACAAAGUUUUUAGCGCUAUUAAUGGUUUGUGGUUGGUUCUUUGCGUCCCAUCGGUAUUUGUACGUUUUAUUUACUUGUAACUUAUAUAGAUAGAUAUUACUUAAAUACAGCCAAACAAUCCUAUUAAUAAAUUAUGGUAAUAAAAUUCAUUCAGAUCCAUUUAUUGAAAUUGUUUUGUAUACUGUUUCAGAGAAUACAUAGGCCUACGAGAAACCUUGUCAAAUUAUUUUCAGAAAACGAAUAGGCCUUUACCUGUAGAAAAUUAAUAUUAUAAUAAUAAUAAUAAAAUAAUAAUAUUAUUAUUAUUGUAGUAGUAAUAAUAAAGAUGAUGAUUCUAAUUAUAAUAAUGGAUGAUCUUGUCUAUAGUCCACUUUAGCUUGUCAAUUCAGUAAGUCUCAAUUUAGACCGAAAUCAUUUUUUGCUGUCUUAUUAUGUUAACUGCACACAAUAAUGGAUUUUAAGCAAUGCACGACAAAUGAAAACCUGUUUUUGACCAGGUGUGAUCGAAAUCGUUGUUACUAAGUGUUGCUGUGUAGGUAGGCUAAAUUGCUAUUAGCCUAAUGCUAACUUUUGCCUGAAAGAGCUUAACCCCAAUUCCAGGCUCUUUGGUCACGUUUAUUAAAGCUACAAUCAACGGUUGUCAGUAGAUGUGGUUCGUGGUACUCUGUGGCCGUUCCUACAAAACGCGGCGCCUCACAAAUCGUGUAUUGUGUACACACUAUCUCACUUGGAUCACGCUGGGUAAACUCAGGCCAGGUCUUUGUGUGCACUCGGCGUCCCUUAGGUUCCUAGCGUUCUUACGUUCUCUGCCUGUUUCUGGUUUGGGUGAGUCAUUUAGGUGAGGUCUCGAAGCGUUCUUUUUAACACUGGAAAUCAAACACGCGCUGACUAAAAGAACGUCUUAUCGACCAAAUCCCUUGCCAAACAACAGUAUUCUUCUCAAAUAACUUCGCAAGACAAAUCGCCGUCUCUUAUCAGAGGUAAGCAUUGUAAGGUCUACACCUGUUGUAUUCGGCGCAUGUGACAAAUAACAUUUGAUUUGAUUUAAGCAUACGUUUAUCAAUAAUCGAUAAAUCAACUGGGGUUGAAAUGAAAAUAGCGUGCAGUCUUUCAUUUUAGAAGUGUAAUGUAAUUUGCUUAUAUCAAGUGGGAUGACACGGCCCUGGCUCGUCAAGUUAUCAUUUGCAUGCGAUGGAGAAGAGAUUUUGUGGUUUUUAAUUGAUUCGAGAAUGUUUUAACAUAUAAAUGGUACAUUUCAAAUGAAUUGUGUGGGACGGACCCAUAGGUCCAUUGUGUGGGACGGACCCAUAGGUCCAUUGUGUGGGACGGGCCCAUAGGCCCAUUGUGUGGGACGAACUCUGUGUUCUUGUAAUUUAGUUGUAAUGUAAAGGACUUGCAACUAUUUUGAUAGUAUGAUAUUAUACACUGAGUAUACAAAACAUUAAGAACACCUGCUCUUUCCAUGACAUAGACUGACCAGGUGAAAGCUAUGA